CCUCAUUCUCACCAAUGUCGUCCUCUUCUCUUGCCAAAGGUUCAGUGGCAUCUCGUUCAGUCCUUCUCUGUCCAGAUAAUCAAAUCUUUCAAUCAUGUGGCGGCUUCGCUCUCUCAUAGCCAUCUCUCACUUUUCCGCGGCCAUCUUUGCCUCGCCUCAUCCGCAAGCAAGCACAACACCCUGCGUCGAGACAGACAGUAAUAUUGGCGCAAGUGACACCGUCGUCACUUUGGCCAGCACGGUGACCGCAACCGCAACCGUCAUCGUCACCAGUUCAGUUACUUCGAGCUCAAGCGCUACCACCACGGGUCCACUGACAACUCCAACCUCAUGGCUCACCGUCACUGCUUCUCGAAUUGCUUCUCCAAUCCACCUGCUGCCCAUGAACGCUGCCGGCUAUCGUUUCUACCUUGGAGGCGACACCGUGUCAUACUGUCCAGCUGAGGUAGAAGAGGUUGGAGGAUGUCCACCGGGAAAUCAAACAGUGCUUUCUCUUUGCGCGAUGGGCGCUGUUGUUCCUGGUGGUCAAUAUUUGUAUGUGACGCCGAGCGGCGAGGUUGGCUACACCCAAGCGCACUCGAGUUUAAUGCCUGAAGGAUCGCUCCAAUGUCCUUUCACAUACUCAAAGGCCCCGGGAGCGACGAUUGGACGGUUGGACCUGAGGGCAUUUGGGGCAUCAGGCUUGAUUGCGUGUCCUACAUAUGGAGGAGCCUGGCAAGUCUUCGCAAACUUGAAGAACAUCACGGCACCUCGUGGCAAUACAUCCCAGUGCCUUGGUUUCGAUCCUUUAGCUCUUGAUACCCCUGACAUCGGGGCGUGGCAAUACACCUAGGAAAGAUGUCUGAGAGAAGCCUCAACUUUGCCGUUGUUCACAGGGAAAAGAGGUGGCUACAUACAGACUAGUGAAACUCGCGAAUCUGCUCAGGUCCUCACGAUUCGGAAUAGAUCGGGGCCUGCACUCAGGGCAACGGAUGAUUUCGCGCCACCGCUGGGAACCGCAGUGGCCCAAGAAGACCAGACGAACCUCGGCACUUCGAAAGCCCUGGCGGGAUCAUGGAGUCCGUGGUUCGCCGGAUCACAUGUGCACCUUUGCUUGCUCCGAGCCUGGCAAUGUGGAAACAGAUUUGACUGUGUAAUGGGCAUGCUGUCGCCGUCAAUAACA